UCAAGACUAAUCAAAGGCACUUGCAUGUGGAGGACUGUUGGCCUCUGAAGGAACCGAGCCAGUUCAGGCCAGCCUGCUGCGUUUUCUCUCCUUUACUCCUUUUCUUUUCCCUCUCCCUCUCCCUUCUCUUCCUGUCUGUUUCAGGAGUGAAGGAUUGGGGCAUUCCUUCAAGCUACUUUACUUCAGCUUUCUGUGGGAUUUAAACAUGCACACUGAGGUUUUGGUACAGUCCAUGUUAGUGCCGUUGUUUCUGAUCCUUCUCUCUUUCAUUGAGGACUCUUUGUUGCAGUCGGUGAGCCAGGUGGGUGGUGUUUGCAAGCUGUCCACAGAGUCAUCCUUGCGCCGCUGCCGGACGCCUGAUGGUAAGAUCUGCAGCGGAAGGGGAAAAUGUAACUGCGGCAUUUGCAUCUGCGAGGCCAUAGAACCCGGGAAGUUCUUCGGUCCACGCUGCGAGUGCCACGACUGGGUCUGUGCUACAUAUAAUGGGAAAACCUGCAACGACCGCGGCUACUGUGACUGUGGAGUGUGCGAGUGUGAUGAAAGUUGGUUCGGUGAUGCCUGCCAGUUUCAGGAAGAGUGUACCCUAUCCGGCAAGGAGAGCAGAGAGCUUUGCAAAAACCAACAGGGGGUGGUCUGCUCCAACAGAGGAACCUGCCACUGCGGUAGCUGCAUGUGUGACAAUGAAGACAAGAGAGGCAUGGUAACAGGACGUUUCUGUGAGUGUGAUGACAGCGAGUGCCUGGAUGAGGAAACUGGAGAGAUUUGCGGAGGGCAUGGCCAAUGUUACUGUGGAAACUGUUACUGUGCUGCUGGUUGGCAUGGAGACAAAUGUGAGUUCCAGUGUGACAUGAGCCCAUGGGAAAGCAGGCAGAGAUGCACAUCUCCAGAUGGCAAAAUCUGCAGCAACAGAGGGACCUGUGUGUGUGGAGAGUGUAACUGCCAUGAUGUUGAUCCCUCUGGUGACUGGGGAGAUAUUCAUGGAGACACCUGCGAGUGCGAUGAGAGGAACUGUCAUGCAACAUAUGACCGCUACACAGAUGACUUCUGCUCAGGUCAUGGCCAAUGCAACUGUGGCAGGUGUGACUGCAAGGAAGGGUGGGCAGGGAAUAAGUGUGAGCAUCCUCUGUCCUGUUCGCUGUCUUUGGAAAGCAGUUUGAAGAAGUGCAGAGGAACGUCCAAUUUGCCCUGCUUCGGACGAGGUCAGUGCCAGUGUGGACAGUGUACUUGCCACCCACCUGGGGACAGUCGUGUUCAUGGCAAAAACUGUGAGUGUGACGACCGUCAGUGCGAGGACAUCAGUGGAGAGGUCUGUGGAGGUCACGGUUACUGUUCAUGUGGACGGUGCAUCUGUGAGAAGGGCUGGUUUGGGAAGCUGUGCCAGUUCCCCAGGUCUUGUGAUAUGAGCGAUGCCCAGAGCAAGGGGCUUUGUGAGACCUCUGAUGGCGUUAUAUGCAGUGGAAAAGGUUCCUGUCAUUGUGGUAAGUGCAUCUGCAAUCCCCAAGACUGGUGGGUGUCCGGAGAGUACUGUGAGUGUGACGACCGAGAGUGUGAUAAGCACGACGGGAUCAUCUGCACAGGGAAUGGGUUGUGCAACUGUGGCAACUGCGAGUGCUGGGACGGCUGGAACGGGAACGCCUGCGAAAUCUGGGUGGGAGAAGAAUACUGAGGCGAACAGAGAACAGGACACUGGGUUCAGAGAAUUGAGACCUGGCUGCCCGGUGUGACCAGGAGCACCACGAGUCACGACCAAGCUGCUGAAACGCCAAGUUAUCGAAACCACGGGGAGGAGAAAGGAAGACUAAACAUGGACGUAGCUCUGCAUUUCACAAACAGCAUUCAUUGUUUUAUUGUACUGGUUACAAACUGUCCUUGUUAAAACUGGGUUUUGUAGAUGAAAAGAAACAGCCAUAGCUCUGUGCUUAAAUCAUAUUACAAUGUAAACAUUUAUGUUUUCAAAGCAGCUUUUUUUUUGGAUAUUGUAGGAAUGCUUACAUAUUUCAAAUGGCUACAUAUAAUAGGAUGCAAGUACAUGACAGUUUCAAAUGCUGGAGAGAGGAUAAAAUGUAUCAUUAAGAUGACUUUGUAGUAAUAUGUUUGAUACUGUGGUCUGUUUUUACUGGUAAAUGGUCUGCCCUUCCCACACUGGACUGAAAGUUUACUCGAAAGCUCGAGGCAUAGGUUACGCUGAGGUUUUUAUUUCUUUUUCAUAAUAAAACAUUAAAUGUGCCGCA